GGACAGGUGGCAGGAAAACAGCCACCUGGUCCCGCUGCCUUAUCGGUGGUGCCGGGCAGCCAGUAGCGAAGGGCCACGAGCACCAGGGGACCGGCACCACCUGCCCUGGGGCCCUUAUCUGUGUCCUUCUCCCUGGGCACUGGCUUUGGCACCAUGCAGGGCUGGGGGACCCGGCUGGUUUGGCUGCUGGCACUGACUUGGCUGUGCCUGGUAUUGGGGGCUGAGGGGGAGGAUGGGGAGGUGGUGGUGGAGGAGGAGGAUGAAGCACUCUCGGACGAACUUGGGGAGGAGGACGGCGUCCUGGUGCUCCAUGAGCACAACUUUGCCCGUGCCCUGAGUGAGCAUGGGCUGCUGCUGGUGGAGUUCUAUGCGCCGUGGUGCGGGCACUGCCAGCGGCUGGCCCCAGCCUUUGCCCAGGCGGCUGCCACGCUGAAGAACGAGUCCAGCCUGGCACGGCUGGGCAAGGUGGAUGCCACGGCACAGGGGGCCCUGGCCAGCGAGUUUGGCAUCACUUCAUACCCCACACUCAAGCUCUUCCGUGAUGGCAACCGCACCCACCCCCUCGCCUACACCGGCCGCAUGGACGCUGAGGGCAUCGUGCGCUGGAUGCAGCGUCGGGCCGGCCCCAGAGCCACGCUGCUGCAGGACACCGACACCGCCGCCGCCUUCAUCAGCUCCCAGGAUUUGGUGGUCAUUGGCUUCUUCAAGGACCUGCAGGGCCAGGCAGCCCAGGCAUUUUACGAGGUGGCUGGCGAGGUGGUGGACGUGCCGUUUGGAGUGGCCGAGGCAGCUGAGCUCUUCCAGGUGUAUGGGCUGUCAGCCGACACUGUCUGCCUCUUCAAGAAGUUCGACGAGGGACGGACAGACUUCCCCGUGGACCCAGCCCAGGGGCUUGAUGUGGCUGAGCUCACCCAGCUGCUCCGCGUCCAUAGCCUGGAGCUGGUGAUGGAGUUCACCAACGAGACCUCCGCACAGAUAUUCGGUGCCAAGAUCCCCCACCACAUGCUGCUUUUCCUCAACAAGUCCUCACCGGUGCAGCUGGCACUGCAGGAUGGAUUCCGAGCAGCUGCCGGUGCCUUCCGGGGCAAGGUACUCUUUGUGGUGGUGGACGUGACUGGGCACGGUGCUCACGUCCUGCCCUUCUUCGCCAUGACACCUGCUGACGCCCCUACCCUGCGCCUGGUCAAGAUGGAGAACAACCGCAAGUACCGGAUGGACCAGGACACCUUCUCGGAGGCCGCCAUCCGCACCUUCGUCCAGGCGGUGCUGGAUGGAAAGGUGAAGCCCCACCUGCUGAGCGCGGAGCCCCCCGAGGGCUGGGACACACGGCCUGUUAAAGUCCUGGUGGGGAAGACCUUUGAGCAGGUGGCGUUUGACGAGACCAAGAACGUCUUUGUUAAGUUCUACGCACCAUGGUGCUCCCACUGCCAGGCUAUGGCAGCCGCCUGGGAGGAGCUGGGCGAGCGCUACAAGGACCACGAGAACAUCAUCAUCGCUGAGCUGGAUGCCACGGCCAACGAGUUGGAGAACUUCACCAUCAAUGGCUUCCCCACCCUGCACUACUUCCCCGCGGGGCCGGGCAGGAAGAUGGUUGAGUACAAGAGCACCCGAGAUGUGGAGACCUUCUCUAAGUUCCUGGAAAAUGGGGGGACGCUGCCCGAGGAGCCACCUGCAGUGCCCCAGACCCCCGAGAACAGCACAAGCAGUGAGGAGCCGAGUUCACUUGGGACGGCUGAAUCCCGGGAUGAGCUAUGAGCCCCGUCCCACAUGUGCUCCUGCUAUAAACCACCUGGAAACGAUGCGGGCUCUGUGUGUCUGUGGCUCCGCAGCACUGCAGGGUGCACGUUGUGGGGACACCCCCGUGUCCUUGGGGACACACAGGAGAGUUAGCUGCUGGGGCAAAGGUCAUGGGGGGACCAGCUGGGGUCCCUUGGUUGUGGCUCCCAGGCAGCUCUCCCGCCACAG